AUGCAUGGAGAUUACAAACAGGAUAUAGCAGAGAUUUUGAGGAAUAAAUCAAGAUUGGGAAACUGGGCUGUAUGUGGGAGUUAUUUUCAGACGUUUAUCAUAGAAGAAGGGCGCGGUCGUAAUAAUGAGGAGGUUAAAAUAUUGCUUUGUUUUAUGCCAUCAUCAUUCAUGUACUUUGAAAAAGUGAGCCCGUUGAUUUGUUACAUAACUUAUGAAUCUGUAAAGAAACAGUGUCUUGCACAAGGAUUCGAAAAUACUGAUCUAAUUUUUGAUGAAAUGUGCAGGCAGAUCAAAGGUAGGAAUACAGUAGAUUAUAAAGUCCGGAAAAACUUGGAAUUUAAGAUUGAUUUGUCAAAUGUUAUAAGUGUUACAUUUAAAUUUCCUUUAAUUAAAGCAGAUACUGCCAGUCAUAUUUUAGCUAAAUCCUUCACGAGAGAAAUUCUCGAAAGCAACAAAAUUUUAUGGCAUUUAAAAGAUGAUUUCAUUAAUUUAGUAAGAGAAAAGGAUAGAGUUAUCGAAUUUAUGAAAGGUACUAUUAAGGAAUUGGGGGGAGAGACGAUAGUGAAAAAAUGGGCACCUGUGGGGUCAUUUAAUUACAGUGCAAUUACUGAAUUUGAUGUGCAGUCACAAACGAGAAAAUCAUUCGAAGAAACCGCCAGUAGUAACAGAGAUGACCUCGAAGUUACUCGGAACAUGUUACAACUGUUGCAAGAUUACAGAGAAGUUCAAUUGAGAGUUGCAAAGACCAAGAACGUUGAAAUAACGGGACUAGAACGUCUAUCCACUUCAGAAUUGUCCUCCUUCGAGGAGGAUGAGGGGACAUAUUCUUCCACAGAAGAAUCUGCUGCAUCCACACCAACCUCUUCACCUUUCGAUGAAGUCUCAGAUAGUAACGGCAAGAGAUCUUUGCCGCCAACAGAAGAAAUGUCUCUCACCGAACAUACAGUUGAUGCGAUUGAUGUGGGGUCCUCCAUCAAUACAAACGCAACUGCUAGUAACUUAGAAUCACCGAGUAAGAAACGUAAAUUUGGUAAAAUAAAGAUCGACCAAUGA